AUGGUUACCACUAGCCCUACAGAAGCAGCAGCAGCAGCAGCAGCUGCUGCUGCUGCUGCUGCUGAGAGUGGUGGUGGUGAAGCUGCUCCUGCAGCAGCUGCUGCAGCUGCUGCUGACAGCUGCUCGCCAGGGGAAGAUUCCGCAACACGAGCAGCAGCAGCAUCGCCCAACAACAGCAGCAGCAGCACCAACAGCAGCAGCAACAGCAGCAACAACAACAGCAGCAAGAAGUCGGGGAAGCGGCAGCAGCGCGGCAGUUUGUCUGCAGCGCCGACAUCAGAGGAGACAGUGAGGAGACACUCCGAGGAGACAACAGAGGCACCCUCUUUACAGGAGCAGGAGCAGGAGCAGCAGCAGCAGCAGCAGCCGAUGCAGCAGCAGAAGCAAAGUAAAAGGAGACGCCGCAAGAGUGCUGCUGCCUCCAAGCAGACAAACGCUGCUGCUGCGGCACCUGCGAAUGCAGCAGCAGCAGCAACAGAGCCUGCAGCAGCAGCAACAGAGCCUGCAGCAGCAGCAACAGAGCCUGCAGCAACAGCAACAGAACCUGCAGCAGCAGCAACAGAGCCUGCAGCAGCAGCAACAGAGCCUGCAGCAGCAGCAACAGCACCUGCAGCAGCAGCAACAGAACCUGCAGCAGCAGCAACAAAACCUCUAGUAGCAGCAACAGCACCUGCUGCAGCAGCAACAGAACCUGCAGCAGCAGCAACAGAGCCUUCAGCAGCAACAACAGCGCCUGCAGCAGGAGAUCGUGAAGCAGUAGCGACCGAACCUGCAGCAGCAGCAGCAGCAGGACCGCCUGCAGCAACAGCAGAACCUCCUGCUGCAGCAGCAGCAGCAGCAGAAACAGCAGAGCCUGCAGCAGCAACAGAACAGCAAUGUGUAGCAGCAGCAGCAGCAACACCUGCAGCAGCUCCAGCAGGAGUGCUGCUGAAAGUUGUGGUGCAGGGAGAUAGAGAGGCUGUUGAGUCAUCCCCUCACGUUUCUGCAGCAGCAGCAGCAGCAGCAGCAGCAGAUGUCGCUUUAGGUGAUGCAGCAGGAGCAGCAGCACCAGUAUCUGGGUGUGUAGAGCUGAGCAUCUGCAGCAGCAGUUCUGUUGCUGCUGCUUCAGCUGCUGCAGCAGUACCAGCAGGAUCCGAAGCAGCAGGCGAAGCAGGAGAAGCAGCAGGAGGAGGAAAAGGAGCAGCAGCAGCAGCAGCAGCACCUGCUUCUUGCUGCAGCGGGGUGUAUCUGGUGUUUUGUUUAUUUUUAGCGCUGCAGUUAUUUAUUAACUUUGACUCCGGAGUAGUCCCUGCAAUUCUCUCAACGCUAAAGUCCGAAUUUGCUCUAGACGGCACCACAGAAGCCGGCGUAUUUAAUGCUGCUCGACGCUCCGGCUUUGUUUUCUUAGAUUGGAGAUUGGCUCUGCUGCUGCAGCUGGGUGGUUUGCUGCUGCUGGUGAUUGUGUGGGGCGUGACGCCUAGGGAGCUGCUGGAGAUUGAUCUGAGUGCUGCUGCUGCUGCUCCUUCAUCAGCAGCAGAAGCAGCUCCUGCUGCUGUUUGCUGCACUGAAGCGGAGGAGACAGUACGUGUCUCUUCUUGCAGCCUCACAGACACAGAGACAGAUACAGAGACAGCAGCAGGCAAAGGAAGCCAAGCAACGCUUCACUCGAAUCGCUCUUCGACCUGCAAACAGCAGCAGCAGCAGCAGCAGCAGCAGCAGGAGGGGGCUUCAACCGCUGCUGCAGCAAGCCGCAGCCGCAGCAGCCUCAGCAGCACCUUGCUGCCAGCUUCGUUUCGAUGUUCUUUGCUGUAUAAAAACAGCGCAAAGGAUAAACAAAAAGCAAAAGACGAAAACAAACAAGAAGAAGGAGCUUCACUCCCAUGUCAACAGACGACACAACAUAAUGCAGAUCUCCCGGAGUACCUUAAAGACCCUCUUUCAAACUUCCUUCCUCUUGACUUCUUCGCAUCAAGCGCACAGCAACGUCGGCUGUCUAGACACCCCACAACUAUGACAGCCCCGGGCCCUCGUCUGCUGCAGCACCCUCGCCACAGCGCCUUUGCUGCACCAGACAGCAGCAGACAGCUGCGGGGGCUAGUCCCCCUAGGGGCCCCCAGGUGCCCCGGGGGGGGCCCCCAGGGGGGCCCCCAAGGGGCCCCCGAAGGGGGGCCCCCUCGUUGGGCAGCAAGGGCUCGAUCUGCUGUUGAAGUGAGGGAUGCGCGGUGGGGGAGGUUAGGGGGUAUUGCUUCAUUGACAGGGUGGGGUGCUGGUGCUGCAGCAGGUGCUGCAGCAGAUGGAGAAGGUUGUGCUGCUGAUGGUGGAGCGAUAGCAGCAGGUGCUGCUGGUGCAAGCGGUACUGGAGAUGUAGGAGAAGGGGCUGAGGCUGCUGCUGCUGAGGCUCAGGAGAGGCUUGAGCUUCAGCUGCAGCAGCUGCAGCAGCAGCAGCAGCCUUUCCUAUAUCAAAGGACCUUCUUAACCCCACACCCAACCACUCUGGCCUUUGAAGCCCUCAACUGGGCAUCAGGGGCCCUCGACCCAAUGCAGCAGCAGCAGCAGCAGCAGCAGCAGACGCAGACGCAGCAGCAGCAGCAGCAGACGCAGCAGCAGGCGUCCAGCAAGUCGUCAGAGGACGCUGAGGGGCUUGAAGGAGAUAUCGAAAUGCAGCUCUUCUCGGGGGAUCUUAGCCCUGAGGGGGCCCCAGAGGGCCCCCCUUCUAUGGGGGCCCCAGACGUUCGCCUCGAGCUGGGCUGUGAGGAGACAACUGCUGCAGCAGCUGCUGCUGCUGCUGCUGCUCCUGAUGCAGAGACACAGAAGGCGGAACCACCAGCAGCAAAGUGCAGCAGAGACAAAAAGAGAGGCCCCAAGACCCACGGUGUCUGCGAGUCUAUUCGCAUCCUCUUCUCGAGCCCGAUGUAUGUUUGCGUGACGUUCGCUCUCUGCGCUCUUUUCUUCGAAGUUACCGCCAUUCAAUUCUGGUCUAUUACUUACUUUCAAGAAUACCCAAUAGGAACAGUAUUGAUUGCAUUUAAUAUAACAGCAGCAACAGCACCUAUAUUAGGUGUAUUGUUUGGAGGCUGGCUGAUAGAUUUUAUAGGAGGUUAUAAAGAUGAAAGAGGCAUGAGGCGUACAUUAUUGAUAUUAUUUUGUUUUGCUUUUUCUUGUUUUUUACUCGGUGUUGGGGCUGGAUGGUCUUCAAGCUUCUGGGUUGUUGUUGCAUGCAUGUGGCUGAUACUUUUCUUCGGAGGGUCUCUUCUUCCUGCUGCUACUGGGGUUGUUAUUGCUUCUGUUCCUGUUGAAGUUAGAGCAUUCGGCAGCGGUUUUUGUUUAAUGGUUUAUAAUGUCGCUGGCUAUGUCCUCGGCACCUUCUUACCUGGCAUACUCAUAGAAGCAGCAAACCUUACCUGGGGAAUGAGA